UGAGUCACGUGGAAAGCACGCAAUUUUCGCGCGAAGGUUAGGAAGCUAGGAGGUGCAACAAUACUUUGGCAAUGUCUUACGUUUUCUAGUUACGCAUAACCCAUAUUUAUCUUAUAUUUAUUUUAAACCGCUUCGAUUAUUAUCAGACGAGUUGUCUACACAAGUUGUACUGGGUUUCCUGUCUCUUUUUCAGUGUAAGUUGGGGGCUAGUUAACUUGCUAGGUAACUAGCUACCCCACACUCCGUUCAAUCAAGGUGUAAAAUAAUGGUUCGCUACUUCACAAGAUUGAGAGUGAGACGUGUCUACAAAUGGGAUGGGACACCGUCAAGUUUCGACAGAAAGUUGAAGACCUAUUUCUUUGACUCUUUGAAUAUCAGUGUAGAAGGUCAGCCUGGAAUGACCACUGUGACCCCUGGCCAGUAUGUCCUCAUUGAAGGAGAUAAUGAAGACAACCCCUUUGUUGCCAAGCUUCUCAAGUUCUUUGGCGACGAGUCGAAUCAACAGAAGAAAGCUCUGGUCCAGUGGUUUGUACGUGUGUGUGAGGUUCCCCACAACAAGAAGAAGCUGCUGGGUAGGAGCCCCCACCCCCAGGAGGUCUUCUACUACCUGGGACACACGUGUGACAAUGAGAUCGACGCAGAGUCCAUCCUGAACACUGUACAGGUCCAGUACGUCCCUGUGGAUGCUCCUUUCCCAGAGCCAGGAAUCAAGGACACCCUGUAUGUUAAGCUGUCCUGGGACACCAAGACCUUCAAAGACCUGGACCCUGCCCUGAUGCAGGAUACCCCUGUCCCGGCCUCCACCCCUCCCCGCCUCAAACCCGCUUCCCCGUGCUCCCCCCCUGCUGCCGCUCUUGUGUCUCUGGGCUCCGUGGGUCGCAAAAUGCCAACACCGGACCCCAUGGUGAUGAGGAGAGCAGGCUCUGUGUCUCGCACCAGAGGCCCUGUGAGCGCCAGCAAGGCUGGCAACAACGAGGCCGAGUCCGUCCACUCCGCUGCCAAGCUCUCGGCCUCCAAAACCCUGAGCACCAAGAGGAGGGGCAGCUCUGGGGUCACUCCGGGCGUGCGGAAGAAACUGCAGCUCAGUAUCGGUGAUAGUCCAGAGAAAAUAAUGUCCAGAAAGGAUGGUCUCUGUGAGCUCUUGGAUGAAGAGGUGGACUCAGAGAAGGCCCUGGUCACCAAACUGAACUCCUCUCCACGCUCCCUCCAUCAUGGCUACAGUCUGUCCCCCGUGAGGAGCGACCACAGGCCCCCUAACAGCCUCGGGGGGUACCCCCUGAAGCCCACAUCCAUCAUGCUGGACAGGCUGUCUCCUACGGCCCUGGGAGAACAGGACUUCUCCAGGGAUAUGUUGCUGGGUAUGGCUCCUCUGAUCCUGGAGGAUGAGGUAUUUGAGGCAGGGUUACCUACUGGCACUGCGAAAACCCCCAAGAAGAGACAGGCCACCCCCCGGAGGAAGUAUUUUCAUGAGAAAGCUACCACCCCCUCCAGGAGGAAAGACUCAGCCAUGACUGCGAGAGAACCUUCUCUGGGGGUGCUGGCGGAGGAAGAUUCUGAAAGCUCGCCCAUGCAGCUGGUUGUCACAUCUUCACGCUCGAAAAGGAAGUCAGCCCAGCUUGUGGCGUCACGGAUCAGGAAGCAGUUGAAUUUGAUGGGAGACGCCCAGGAGCUGCACUCGGAUGAUGGUGAUGAUGACUGUUUCACCCCCUCCAAGAAGGACCUCCACCACAGCAGUGAGGAAGACCUGGAGGAUGAGGAGGUGUCCAAGAGCGAAGAGACCGCGGGGAAGACAACACGGGGAAGGCUUCGCAGAGCCUCCACCACCCCUGCCAGGACUCCACGCAAACCCCCCAGCAAGAAGGCCACCCCCAGUACUCCCCGGACCCCGCGGACCCCCCGUCAUGCCACUCCCAGCAUUCCUAGUCGCACUCUCCCAGCCAGGAAGCCUGGGAACGUCCUGGAGGAGGCCCGUGCCAGGCUACAUGUCUCAUCAGUACCAGAGUCUCUCCCAUGUAGGGAGCAGGAGUUCCAGGACAUCUAUAACUUUGUGGAGAGCAAGGUUAUGGACGGGACUGGAGGGUGUAUGUACAUCUCCGGUGUUCCGGGAACUGGGAAAACGGCCACGGUCCACGAGGUGAUCCGCUGUCUUCAGCAUGCCUCUGACAUGGAUGAAAUCCCCACGUUCCGAUUCGUGGAGAUCAAUGGCAUGAAAAUGACCGACCCUCACCAAGCCUAUGUUCAGAUCCUACAGAAACUAACAGACCAAAAGGCAACGGCCGACCACGCUGCAGCCCUGUUGGAGAAGAUGUUCAGUAACCCCGCCCCCAAAAAGGAGACCACUGUGCUGUUGGUGGAUGAGCUGGACCUGCUGUGGACCAGGAAGCAGAACGUCAUGUACAACCUGUUUGAUUGGCCGACGAGGCGCCAUGCGCGCCUGGUGGUGCUGACCAUCGCCAACACCAUGGACCUCCCAGAGAGGAUCAUGAUCAACCGAGUGGCCAGCAGACUGGGUCUCACCAGGAUGUCCUUCCAGCCAUACAGCUUCAAGCAGCUCCAGCAGAUUAUUACGUCCCGACUGAACAAGGUCAAGGCUUUCGAGGAGGACGCUCUGCAGCUUGUCUCCAGAAAGGUGGCAGCGUUGUCGGGAGACGCCCGGCGCUGUCUGGACAUCUGCCGGCGCGCCACCGAAAUCUGCGAGCACUCUGCCCCGCAACCGUCCUCCACGGGAUUGGUGGGAAUGAGUCAUGUGAUGGAAGCGCUGGAUGAGAUGUUCUCUUCCUCCUACAUCACAGCCAUCAGGUGUGCAUCGGUGCAGGAGCAGCUCUUCUUGAGGGCGGUCCUUGCAGAGUUCAGGCGGCUGGGAUUGGAGGAGGCGACCUUCCAACAGGUGUUUGUGCAGCAUCGGGCGCUGUGCCGCGUUGAAGGUCUGCAGCCCCUCAGCGUGUCCGAGGGACUGGCCGUGUGUCAGCGCCUGGGGGCGUGCCGUCUCCUGCUGCUGGAGGCCAGCCGGCUGGACGUACUGCAACGGGUCCGGCUCAACGUCAGCCAGGACGACGUGCUCUACGCGCUCAAGGCAGACCGGGCGUGAGCCCUGCCGGGGCUCCUGAACAGGGCGUGGUCCGGGGUCUCAUCUGUUAGGAUUUCUUUCCUCUGUUUGGGAUGGCUGCAAGUAUCAACAUGCGGAUCAUUAAGUUGCGGUUCCUCGCCCAGUUGUGAGAACCACAAUAAAACUUGUCUGGACCACAUAGACCUAUGCCUGCUCUUAAGGACUGGGAACAUGGAUGCCACAAACACCUCUGAUUGGUUCAAUGGGACGAUCUCCAUUCUCGUGACCCCUCUCCUCAAAACCCAUUGGAUGAUCAAGACUGAGGUCCCAUUGAUCUCAUUGUCAGGAUUCCUUUUUGUAAGCAUUGACAGGGAAACUGCGUGUACUUGAAAGUUGUUAUAGAAUGCUGUCUUAAUUCAACCACAAGAAAUCAUGUCUUCCAUUUCAUUGCUUUAGUUAAAACAUUUAGAAAGGAUAUUUAGAUAGAUCUGCUUUUAACUCAGUUGCUGGGAGAGCUACACUUCCCCAUCAGUUAGAAAUGUGUAAAUUCAAACAUUUAAAUGCUUUUUUGUGUUGUUUUUAUAGGAUUUUAUGUUUCAAUAUUGAAUCUUCAAAUGUAAUAAAGAUAUUUAAGAAUUA